AUGAUGGAAAACGUCGACGAUAUGAUUAGAGUGAAAAAAGAGCCGAGUGAUACUUUGAUGGUGGCAGAUGACGUUAACUUUUUCAAUUCGGUAGACACUUGCAAAGCUGAAAUAUCACCAUUUCAUGAAUCAUCGGUGAAACACGAGAAUGAGGCUAUGGUGCUACAGAAAAGAUUAGAUGAAAAAAUAUUCAUUGAUUUUGAAUGUAAGAAUGUUAAACCUGAACUUCUGUUACCAUUGAAACCAAUUUCGAAAUCUGAGUAUCAAUAUUUUCAACCUAUUGUAAAAGAAGAAAACAAAUAUUCGAUGGGUUACAUGAAUCAAAAAAAUCUCAAAAGGCAUAUAAUUGCAGUACAUAAUCCCAAAAAACCCAUCGAAUAUAAGAUUUGUCACCAAACAUUUGGAGAAAAACAAACGCUCAACAGACACAGAAAUACAGUACAUGAUCAGAGCAAACCCUUCGAGUGUGAUAGCUGUCAUAUAUCAUUUGGAUACAAAAGUCACCUCACAAAUCAUUUGGACUAA